AUGGAAGAAUAUUUUAAGUUAUUGCUAAGUAAAAGAAGAACAAGACAGCUACCCUCCGAUAGUUUUCUAGAUACCUCGCCAGAACAAAAGAAACGUAAAGAGUGUGAUAGUUCUAACUCUUCCGAAGGCGAACGCGAAGAAGAAGGUGACGAUAUUAUUCUAUCUGCUCUGAAUAUGGCUGAAGGCCUUCAAAAACCACUGCAAGAUAUUCUUAAGAAGCUUGAAAAGCUGGAUGCCAUCCAAGAAGCAGUCAAUAACCUCGGGAGGUCCUUCGGGAAGUUAGAAGGAAGAAUACAUACUCUCGAAGAUGCGUAUGCUACCACCAAGCGUGAUGUUGAAGAUCUUAAAGAAAGUUUAAAUGCAAACGAAACAUAA